AUGCUCGCUCUCGACGUACCGUCGGUUGAUUUGGUCCUCCGGGCUUUCAAGCUUGUAGAAGAGCGGUUUGACGGCCCUGCUGCCUCCGACUUGAACAAUUGGAACAUCCAUAUCAAGGCCGACAAAUUGAUAUCCACCGAAGAAAUCAAGAUUUCUAACAAAUCCGGUGUUCAAUGCAACCUGUGUGGAAUGUCCAAGAACGGCGUGAAGAAAAUUCGUUUACUAGAAGAUUAUACCCGUGUAAUCUCGGUCGGUAUUUCCAGUAGCUGUACCAGUGUAGCAGCACGACAAAUGUUGUCGGAUGGUUGGACGACUUCCACAGUCUGA